CCUCCUUCCACUUCCCCCACCGGCACCUCGCACCGUUCAAUACCCGCGCGGGCGAUCCGGUCUAAGAUGGCGUCCCCGGCGGCAGCGCAGGCCCAGUCGGUUCUGCGAGUCUUGGCGCCACGGCCCCGGCUUCUAGCUGUCAGGUCGCAGGCAGUUCAAUUAACUUCCAGACGGUGGCUGAACCUUCAGGAAUACCAGAGCAAGAAACUGAUGGCUGACAAUGGAGUGAAAGUUCAAAGAUUCUUUGUAGCGGACACUGCAAAUGAGGCUCUGGAGGCUGCUGAAAAACUAAAUGCAAAAGAAAUUGUUUUAAAAGCCCAGAUCUUAGCUGGAGGAAGAGGAAAAGGUACCUUCAGCAGUGGUUUGAAAGGAGGUGUUCAUUUAUCAAAAGACCCUAAAGUUGUGGGACAGUUGGCUAAACAGAUGAUUGGAUAUAAUCUAGCAACGAAACAAACUUCAAAAGAAGGUGUGAAAGUUAACAAGGUGAUGGUUGCUGAAGCCUUGGACAUUUCCAGGGAAACCUAUUUUGCAAUUCUGAUGGACCGAUCCUGCAAUGGCCCUGUCCUGGUGGGCAGCCCCCAGGGGGGUAUGGACAUUGAAGAGGUGGCGACUUCAAAUCCAGAACUUAUUUUUAAGGAGAAAAUUGACAUUAUCGAUGGGGUAAAGGACAGCCAAGCUCAGCGGAUGGCAGAAAAUCUAGGCUUCCUUGGACCUUUAAAAAACCAGGCUGCAGAUCAAAUUAAGAAGCUAUAUAAUCUCUUCCUGAAAAUUGAUGCGACUCAGGUGGAAGUGAACCCCUUUGGUGAAACUCCAGAAGGACAAGUUGUCUGUUUUGAUGCCAAGAUAAACUUUGAUGACAACGCAGAAUUCCGACAGAAGGACAUAUUUGCUAUGGACGACGGAUCAGAAAAUGAGCCCAUUGAAAAUGAAGCUGCCAGAUAUGAUUUAAAGUACAUAGGACUGGAUGGGAAUAUUGCUUGCUUUGUGAACGGUGCUGGACUGGCCAUGGCUACUUGUGAUAUCAUUUUCCUGAAUGGUGGGAAGCCAGCUAACUUCUUGGAUCUUGGUGGUGGCGUAAAGGAAGCUCAAGUAUAUGAAGCCUUCAAAUUGCUUACAGCUGAUCCUAAGGUUGAAGCCAUCCUCGUCAAUAUUUUUGGUGGAAUUGUGAACUGUGCCAUCAUUGCUAAUGGGAUCACCAAAGCCUGCCGGGAGCUGGAACUUAAGGUGCCCCUGGUGGUCCGGCUUGAAGGAACCAACGUCCAUGAGGCCCAGAACAUACUCAAUAACAGUGGGCUCCCCAUUACUUCAGCUGUCGACCUGGAGGAUGCAGCCAAGAAGGCUGUGGCCAGUGUGACUAAGAAGUGAUGUAUUGUCCCUUGGAGGAAGAAGUCCGUUUUGCCAUAAAAAUGGAUGGCUCUCUCUUCACUGUGAAGGAAAUGGUUAUCACAUUGGGGAAAAAUAUGGGAUGGGAAGGAGCAAGAAUUAUUGUAUGAAAAAUCUUAAAUCUGUGUCAUCUUGACUCAAAAAUCUAGACAGCCUGAAAAAUUUGAUUUUACUUACCAUCUAUUAAAUCAGUGCCCUGUGUUUUUCUACUUUUCUGUCACCCUGAACCUGCUCAGUAGGCAUUGUGUUGCUGACUUUGGAGAGCAGUCUGUGGCCAACAGGCCUAUAUUCAUUGACAGCAAUUUUAGUGAACAUUUACUCCUUUUUAAUAAAAAGAUCUCAGGCCAUCAAAACCUCAGACAAGACUACAUUUAGCAGAUUAGGUAUUGGAAAGGUGCAGUUAAGACAUGCAAACAAAUAGGUGUUAUACACCGUCACACUUUUUCCAAGUUUCUGAUUUUAGCACAUGUUUGAAAAAUCCAUGGAUAUUCCAAAGUAUAUUUUACAACGGGAAGUCCACACUUCCACAUGACAUUCCAUACCUGGAUUCUACCACUUGCCUUAAUAUUGAAUAUACUCCUUACCUCACAUGAAAAAUAAGGCCAGAAGCCUCAUUUGGAUUUUCAAGUAGAUGAUUUUAUUUUAAUAUGAAAACUGAAGAGAGCUGAUUCUUAUGGAAAUCUCUUUAAUUAAGACAUUCCAAGAUGAAAUUACUUUGUGAGUGUCAGUAUUUCAUCUCCCCCUGUCCUUCUGAGCCCCUGCAGACUCUAUCAGCUGGAGAAGUGUAAUUAAGAGAAUAUGGCUUUUUUCAUAAUGUCCAUUUGUGGGGAGGAGGGUAAUUAGAUUUAUGAUGAUAUUUUGGUAAAUUUUUAUUUGCAUACAAAUUUAAAUAAAAUCCUGUUUUGUAAGUUUUAA